AUGGAGGCAUCUUCACCAUUAGCUGCCAUGCAGCCUCCUUCCUUCAUGCACGGAUGGGGACGCAGUGACAUGUAUACUUCGCAUCCUCACGCACACAUGUCGGGUGCUCCAUCCUUUGGUCCUGGAGCUUUCAACUUUCGGGAUCUGAGCAUGAAGAGAUCCAAGCCGGAUUAUUUUAGUAUGAGACCGGUCCGCGGCUCUUCCCCAACAGCUAGUCUGGCAGCAGACCUUUCACAGAACUUCCACAUCGAUAUGAGUCCUCAGCUACCCACCCCACGUCGGUCGCUCUUCACAUCGAAUCUUUUUGGAACAAUUGAUGGUCGGGGUAAUUUAUACAACGCACAUAUACAUGGUGGGACGGAAGUUAAUUGGUUUAUAGAUUGUGUUACGACACCCCCAAUACCAUCAUCCUCCCCAGGGUUGGAAGAGCGAAUGGACAUAUCGCCGUUACCUCACAAACAGCCUUAUUUUGCUGGAAUCGAAAUUCAAUCUCCAACGCCCGGACAUACACCCGAGCUUGAGACUCCCGAAGAAGUAAUGCCCUCCUCGCCUCCACGGCCGGUGGUGGAAGCUCCGAGACCUACAAAUGCCAUGGAACGAAGAAAGUCUAUAUUACUUCGACCGUCCCUGACAAGGACAAAGGGCUUCUCGACCAAUUCCCUUCCCACUCGCAAUCCCGAACAAUUACCUCCCUUCCGCUUCGGUGCUGGAAGCAGUAAAUUGUCCACAUCGACGUCAAUGUCGUUGGGUGAAUGUUUUAUGGAAUCACCUCCACAAGAACGUCGCCCACAGUCCGCCAACAGCCCGUCGGUGUCAAUUAUGGGACCUCCAAGAGCAACUCGGCCUUUUGGAAGUAUGAAUGGGAACUCGAGGACCAACGGCUCCCCUAUUGGGAGCCACACGCGCCGUCCUUCGAAUCCAUUGAUCCGACCAAGGAAACAGUUUCGAAGAUCGUUGAGCAUGUUUGAACACCCAGGGGAUAUCAUGAAGGCCAAGGCAGAGGAGGCACCUGUACCAAGUAAUUUACAGACUGUUAUGGAUGUUGAUGAGCUUCACCAACCACAGCUGCCACAUUUCUUUCAAGAAGGUCAACCAGAUAGCAUUCCUAGAAUCACCAAGGAUACGCUGCUCGAGGUGCUUGAUGGAAAGUUUGACGGGACUUACGACCAGCGUAUGGUCAUUGACUGCAGGUUCGAAUACGAGUUUGAUGGCGGUCACAUUGAUGGAGCGGUCAAUUACAACGAUAAAGAGCUUCUCGCUGGCCAAUUGUUCGAAGCCGCCCUUCCUGGAAAGACUCUUUUAAUUUUCCACUGCGAGUACUCUGCUCAUCGUGCACCCAUCAUGGCCCGUCAUGUGCGCAAACAAGACCGUACCACUAACAUUGAGCAAUAUCCCAAGCUCACCUACCCAGAAGUGUACAUCCUUGACGGUGGAUACAGUACCUUUUUCUCCCAACACCGCGAACGGUGCUUCCCCCAGAACUACGUCGAGAUGGAUGCCAAGGAGCAUGCUUACACCUGCGAGAGGGAAAUGGGUAGAUUACGACAGAACCGAUCCAAACUAUCCCGUGCUCAGACCUUUGCUUUUGGUCAAGGUGGAGUUGACGACAGCCCAACCGCCCCAAAUAGAUCCAGAACCACAGCGAGCUGCGACUUGAUGAUGAUGGACAUGACUUCAUCACCUUGUCUAAAUUACGAUCGAGGACAUGCACGACGCAUGGUAUCAUACUAA